AUAAAGGUGCCACAAUCUGCGGCUGUUUGGGUUUGCGGUGGAAAAGGAGGGACCGCGGUGCGGUGGAAUUGAAGUAGCAGGCAGGGAGGUGGCGGCACAGCAGUCGAGGGCAGGGCGGCACAGGGAAGGAACGCUGCCUUGGAGCACGGCGUGCGUACCGAAGGGACGCGCUGAUUGACAGUCGGAGGCACGGAGCGCCCCGCGCGGCACACAAGCGGAGCACGCUAAUCUCCCUCGUACCCGGCUUGUCAAAGGCAUCUCUGAGAAAUACCAGCCAGAUCAGCCUGGCGCAAAGAAAGGACGCUCUAUCCGUCCCCCGGGCUCGGUAUUUGGAGACUUCUGUUCAGUCAUAACUGGUCACAGUCCGGACUAACCUGGGUGUCCAAGUGUCCAGGAACCGGGAGUGGGUGGACAGAAAGGUCAGACUGCACUUCUCAGUCCAAGGAAGAUUUUGUCUGUUCCUUUUUAUGGAGUUAAAGGACUGCGACUUGCUUUCUGGAUCAUUUUUUGGGUUCAUUUUUUGUUUUUGUUAAAUCCAACAUAAUUGUGAGGCGUGUGUUAGUCAAGUUACAAACCCUGGACCCGGCCAACACUCCUCUUCAUUCUUUUUAAUUGGAAUAACGGCAAGAUAAUCGGGAGACUUUCGAGGAGGGGGGGGGAUUUUGGUGCGUAAUUUGUGCGGUGUUUGCGGUUACUGAGCCCACAUAAGUAGUUGUGCCUCCCUUCAUUUUUGACGUUAAAGAGCCCAUUUCCCCCCCCCCCCUCCAUGGAGUAGGCUAAAUCACAGGUAAAGACUUCGAAAGAGCGGGCUUAUUAUCUGUCGCCUGGAACACACAGGCGGAUCGGAUGCGCAGAUUCUCCGUAGUAUGGUAAAUGACCAAUGGGGAAUCAUGAACAGCUCUUCUGAACUCGAAGAUGGGACUCGGCAUAAAAACCAGACAUUCUGUGAGUGUGUGCCCAGCUCCUCCCAGCUCAAACAUCGCUGGUCAGACUCAGAAACUGCCAGGGAGACUCCUGCCAAGAGGAUGAGCUGCAGCUACCUGCUUUGCACUAUCCUGCUCUUCGUGGCCGUAUUGUUGGCUGUCACUGUAACCGGCACCAUCCUUUUUAUGAAUCACUACCAGGCCCCACCCAUGUCUGACGGCCUACCCCACAUCUCCACCAAUCAGGAUGAAGCCAAUGCCCUGGUCACCGUUGAGAGAGGCGAUGGCUCUCGCAUCAACAUCUUCAUCGACCCCAACUGUCCCGACUACAACAGUAACUUUUUGCGCCUGGAGGGUGUGCAGACGUCCCUGCUCCACUCACUUACCGACCACGACUCUGACCUGAAGUCAGUGAAAGGCCAGGAUCGGGCUCUUCUUGUCAGUCUGGCUGAGGAGGUGGCCAAGCUGUCAGCCCAUGCGGGGCAACUGAAAAUGGACUAUGAAUCCUUACGCAGGGGCCAGGGCAGCCUGGGCCAAGACCUCAACACGCUGCAGACGGAGCAGGGACGCCUCAUACAGCUGCUGUCAGACAGUCAGAUCAACAUGGUGAAGGUGGUGAACUCAGUGAGUGAUGCUCUUAACGCCAUGCAGAAGGAGAACGUGGGCCUGAAGGCGCGCGUCAAGGCCGACUUGCAGAGGGCACCGGUCAGAGGGGCCCGCUUCAAGGGCUGCGCCAACGGCUCGCGUCCCCGUGACUGCGGUGAUCUGUACGCCAGUGGUCAGAGAGAGGACGGCAUCUACUCAGUGUUUCCUGUUCACUACCCUGCAGGCUUCCAGGUCUACUGCGACAUGACCACAGACGGAGGAGGCUGGACGGUGAUCCAGCGCAGGGAGGACGGCUCGGUCAACUUCUUCAGAGCAUGGGAGUCCUAUCGCGAGGGAUUCGGCAAGAUCACUGGUGAACACUGGCUCGGGCUGAAGCAGAUCCAUGCCCUGUCCAUCCAGGGGAACUAUGAGCUGCGUAUCGACUUGGAGGACUUUGAAAAUAGCACCGCUUAUGCCCAGUAUGGAACCUUUGGAGUUGGCCUCUUCUCAGUAGACGCUGAUGAUGAUGGAUAUCCUUUGACUGUGGGAGACUACUCUGGCAAUGCAGGUGACUCUCUGCUGAAGCACAACGGGAUGAAGUUCACCACCAAAGACCGGGACAACGACCACUCGGAGAACAACUGCGCCUCCUUCUACCAUGGUGCCUGGUGGUACCGCAACUGUCACACCGCCAACCUUAACGGGCAGUACCUGCGCGGCCAGCACACCUCCUAUGCCGAUGGCAUCGAGUGGUCCUCCUGGACUGGCUGGCAGUACUCCCUCAAGUUCUCCGAGAUGAAAAUACGGCCUACCCGCGACCCGGAGAACAAAUGAGAAAGACAAAAGGAAGAAGGAGAUAAAAAAAAAUGUUCAAACAUUACAAACCACAAUUUCUGACAGCUAGGCGGAGUUACUUGUCUCUAUCGUUUAUUCACUAAAACAUACCUCUUUGAGUUUAGUUGCCUCUGUUGUUUGCCUCCCAAUGUCUCACUCCCUUUUUUUGCUCCUCUUCCUCCAUCACUCAGCUACUGGUGUCAUGCUGGCUACCAUUAUCCUUACCCCAGGUCCAUUUGUUGAAAAAAAAAAUAACAUAAGCAUCAUGCAUAUUUUUUUUUGAUCAUUCAGUUCAUGAAAGCAGCAUACCAGAGCUGCGAAGCCACAGUCCACUGCGCUAGCUUUACUCAGUCUGACGUGGUGGUCCAAGCAUCGCCUGUAACGCCUGUAACUCUGACCUCCCAUCUGUGCUGCCAUGGCACUUCAACUGUGGUUCAGUCUCACUGCCCAUUGCUGUAUAAUCUGUGAACGGAGAGGGCUGCUCCAAAUGUAGUAGAAAGGAAGUCCAGAGUUUCACCAGUGAGAAGGGACAGCGCAGUGGUACACUACGUCACAUUUACAUCCUUGAUCUGUGUGAGCACGACCCAGCAGGGUAGUGGCAAGAAGUGCGGGGUCUCAGAUAAUUAGUGGGAGACAGAGACGGCGAGAACAAGGAAAAAAUCUGACAAGAGUUGAAUUAGUCUAAGGAAAGGGGGGGGGCAGAGUGAAUCAAAGGGGAGUGAGGCAGUGGAAGAAGACGAGGUGCAAAAAGGAUAAAAAAAGAUAAAUGAGAAAAAGAAAGAGACAACGGAGGAUCUCAUUCAUCUGACUUGGGCCAUUAGGAAGCAUAUUGGGCACUUUGUCUGAUCCGCCUGCCAGCUGAGCACUGGCCAACUGAUGCAGCAUUCACAGAUGGUAACCCAGCACUUUAUAUGUGUGUGUGUGUGUGUGUGUGUGUGUGUGUGUGUGUGUGUGUGUGUGUGUGUGUGUGUUGCAAGUGUGUGCGUGUGUCUUCGACAAGAGAGAGACAGACAGAGUUCUCUAACAUUAUCAAUUUCCUGUCAUGAGUUCAGUGGAGCGUCUCGACUGACUACAAUGUUUAGCACCAACAGACUAAACGUGAUGCAUGGCUGGCAUACCUUCACUCUCCAUUUAGGUACUGUAGUUACCAUGAAAUAACAAAGACUGUAAAGUACGUACGUGUAUUAGGAAGGGCAAGACUUUGGCAACAAUUUGAAGGAGACCAAUGGGAUCACAGAAUGAAAGAGGAAAGAAAUAUUGCGCCAUUGUUCCCUCAUUUUCUUGGACCUGUCGAGGAAACAACCCCCCAUUCUCACC